CAAAUUCUUCAAACAAGUUUCAUAUGAGCUGCUAAUAAUCAACUAAUUGGGUGGAACAAAGAAGUGAAGAAGAUUUCGACCUAAGCAAUUCAGAUGAGGAAUUUUUUAAUAAUGUAAAUCAAAUCCACAAUCUUUCAUAGCAAGGUGAGAAUAGUAAAAACAAAAAUAAAAAUGGUGGAUGGAAUGCUAUUUGGAAUAAACAGCCUUUAAAGGAUUUUGGUGGAUACUAUAAAGCUGGGAAAAAGUAAGGAUUAUGGAAAUAUUUAUUCCCAAAUUAUUCAAAGUAAGAUAUUUAUAUUAAAAAUUAUGAAUAGUUAAGAAAAAAUAUUUGAGAUUGGAGAAUAUAAUAAUGGCCUAAAAAUUGGAAGAUGGAAAUAUAUUUAUAAAAAUUAAAAAAUGUAUUUAUUUUAAAUAUUUUUAGUGGUGGUGGAUUUUUCAAUAUAGAUGGUUAGAAAAUAGGGAAAUGGAUUGAUCUCGAUGAAGGGUUUUAGGCUAGCAAAAAAGUAAUUUUUUGUGGAGAAUAUGAUUAAAAGAGUAUAAAGGUAGGUAGAUGGGAUAUUAUGUAUUGUGGUUUAUAAAGUAAUAGAGAAUAUAAAUAAAUGUAAAUAUGAUAGUUUAUAAGAAUAUUAAAAUCUACAAUUGAAUAUAUGUAUAGUGGUGGUGGAUCAUAUGAUUAAGAAGGAAAUUAGAAAAAGUUUGGAAAGUGGGUAGAAUUGUUUGAAAAGUUUAGGGAUGAUGCUAAAGUCACUUAUAAUGGGGAAUAUAAUAAUAAUAAUAUGAAGGUAGGUAGAUGGGAUAUUAUGUAUUGUGAUAGAGGUGAAGAAUAUAAAUAAAUGUAAAUAUGAUAGUUUAUAAGAAUAUUAAAAUCUACAAUUGAAUAUAUGUAUAGUGGUGGUGGAUCAUAUGAUUAAGAAGGAAAUUAGAAAAAGUUUGGAAAGUGGGUAGAAUUGUUUGAAAAGUUUAGGGAUGAUGCUAAAGUCAUUUAUAAUGGUGAAUAUAAUAUGAAUAAUAUGAAGAUAGGUAGAUGGGAUAUUAUGUAUUGUGAUAGAGGUGAAGAAUAUAAAUAAAUGUAAAUAUUAUGGAAUUUAUAAGAAACAUACUUAAUUAUUCAAAAAAAUAUAAUUAGUGGUGGUGGAUCAUAUGAUGAAGAAGGAAAUUAGAAAAAGAUUGGAAAAUGGGUAGAAUUAGAUUAAAAAUUUCGGCAUGAGAUGAAAGUCAUUCAUAAUGGCGAAUAUAAUAAUAAUAAUAUGAAGGUAGGUAGAUGGGAUAUUAUGUAUUGUGAUAGAGGUGAAGAAUAUAAAUAAAUGUAAAUAUUAUGGAAUUUAUAAGAAACAUACUUAAUUAUUCAAAAAAAUAUAAUUAGUGGUGGUGGAUCAUAUGAUGAAGAAGGUAAUUAGAAAAAGAUUGGAAGGUGGAUAGAAUUAUAUGAAAACUUUAACCAUUAUUUUUAUUAAAUCACUUAUAAUGGUGAAUAUAAUAUGAAUAGUAUGAAGGUAGGCAGAUGGAAUGUUUUAAAUUUGAAUUUUGCAAACUAAAUUAUGUAAUAGAAUUUUACAAAUAUCUUAGUGGUUGUAUGAAUUUUGAUGAAGAUGGAAAUGAGAUUUAUCGAACUAAAAAGUAAUGAUCUUUAUUAAAUAAUUAGAGAUGACAUUAUUUAUGUUGGAUCUUUUAAAAAAUAGAUGAAGGUAGGUAGAUGGGAUAUUUUGUAUCGUAAAUCUUAAGAAUAUAAAUAAAUGUAAAUAUUAGAGAAUUUAUAAGAAAUCUAUUUAAAUCUACAAUUAUAUAUAAAUAGUGGUGGUGGAUCAUAUGAUGAAGAAGGAAAUUAGAAAAAGAUUGGAAAGUGGGUAGAAUUGUUUGAAAAGUUUAGGGAUGAUGCUUAAGUCACUUAUAAUGGGGAAUAUAAUAUGAAUAAUGUUAAGGUAGGCAGAUGGAAUGUUUUAAAUUUGAAUUUUGCAAACUAAAUUAUGUAAUAGAAUUUUACAAAUAUCUUAGUGGUUGUAUGAAUUUUGAUGAAGAUGGAAAUGAAAUUUAUCGAACUAAAAAGUAACGAUCUUUAUUAAAUAAUUAGUGAUGACAUUAUUUAUGUUGGAUCUUUUAAAAAAUAGAUGAAGGUAGGUAGAUGGGAUAUUUUGUAUCGUAAAUUUUAAGAAUAUAAAUAAAUGUAAAUAUUAUGGAAUUUAUAAGAAAUCUAUUUAAAUCUACAAUUAUAUAUAAAUAGUGGUGGUGGAUCAUAUGAUGAAGAAGGAAAUUAGAAAAAGAUUGGAAAGUGGGUAGAAUUGUUUGAAAAGUUUAGGGAUGAUGCUUAAGUCACUUAUAAUGGGGAAUAUAAUAAUAAUAAUAUGAAGGUAGGUAGAUGGGGUAUUUAUUAUUGGAAUAUUUAUGGAAGUGAAGAAUUCAAAUACAUGUAAAUAUUUUAGAAUUUAUAAGAAACAUACUUCAUUGUACAAUAAAAUAAAAAUAGUGGUGGUGGAUCAUAUGAUGAAGAAGGAAAUUAGAAAAAGAUUGGAAAGUGGGUAGAAUUGUUUGAAAAGUUUAGGGAUGAUGCUUAAGUCAUUUAUAAUGGCGAAUAUAAUUUGAAUAAUUUGAAGGUAGGUAGAUGGGAUAUUUAUUAUUGUAAUAAUUAUAAAAGUGAAGAAUUCAAAUAAAUGUAAAUAUUAGAGAAUUUAUAAGAAACACACUUGAUUGUACAAUAAAAUAAAAAUAGUGGUGGUGGAUCAUAUGAUGAAGAAGGAAAUUAGAAAAAGAUUGGAAAGUGGGUAGAAUUAGAUAAAAGAUUUUGUCAUGCUGCUUAAGUCAUUUAUAAUGGCGAAUAUAAUUUGAAUAAUAUGAAGGUAGGUAGAUGGGAUAUUUAUUAUUGUAAUGAAUCUGAAGGUGUAGAAUAUAAAUAAAUGUAAAUAUUAUGGAAUUUAUAAGAAACAUACUUAAUUAUUCAAAAAAAUAUAAUUAGUGGUGGUGGAUCAUAUGAUGAAGAAGGAAAUUAGAAAAAGAUUGGAAAGUGGAUAGAAUUAGAUGAAAAAUUUUCAAAUUCUCAUUAAGUCACUUAUAGUGGUUAAUAUAAUAUGAAUAAUAAGAAGGUAGGUAGAUGGGAUAUUAAUUAUUGUAAUGAAUAUGGAGGUGUACAAUAUCAAUAAAUGUAAAUAUUAUAGAAUUUAUAAGAAACAUACUUAAUUAUUCAAAAAAAUAUAAUUAGUGGUGGUGGAUCAUAUGAUGAAGAAGGAAAUUAGAAAAAGAUUGGAAGGUGGAUAGAAUUAUAUGAAAACUUUAACCAUUUUAAUUAAAUCGCUUAUAAUGGUGAAUAUAAUAUGAAUAGUAUGAAGGUAGACAGAUGGAAUGUUUUAAAUUUGAAUUUUGCAAACUAAAUUAUGUAAUAGAAUUUUACAAAUAUCUUAGUGGUUGUAUGAAUUUUGAUGAAGAUGGAAAUGAGAUUUAUCGAACUAAAAAGUAACGAUCUUUAUUAAAUAAUUAGUGAUGACAUAAUAUAUGUUGGAUCUUUUAAAAAAUAGAUGAAGGUAGGUAGAUGGGAUAUUUUGUAUCGUAAAUCUUAAAAAUAUAAAUAAAUGUAAAUAUUAUGGAAUUUAUAAGAAACAUACUUGAUUCUACAAUAAAAUAUAUUUAGUGGUGGCGGAUCAUAUGAUGAAGAAGGACAUUAGAAAAAGAUUGGAAAUUGGGUAGAAUUGGAUAAAAGAUUUUGUAAGGAUGUUUAAGUCAUUUAUAAUGGCGAAUAUAAUAUGAAUAAUAUGAAGGUAGGUAGAUGGGAUAUUUAUUAUUGUAAUAAUUAUAAAAGUGAAGAAUUCAAAUAAAUGUAAAUAUUUGAGAAUUUAUAAGAAACAUACUUAAUUUUACAAUAAAAUAUAUUUAGUGGUGGCGGAUCAUAUGAUGAGGAAGGACAUUAGAAAAAGAUUGGAAAUUGGGUAGAAUUGGAUAAAAGAUUUUGUAAGGAUGUUUAAGUCAUUUAUAAUGGCGAAUAUAAUAUGAAUAAUAUGAAGAUAGGUAGAUGGGAUAUUUAUUAUUGUAAUAAUUAUGGAAGUGAAGAAUUCAAAUAAAUGUAAAUAUUCGACAUACUUAAUUUUACAAUAAAAUACAAAUAGUGGUGGUGGAUCAUAUGAUGAAGAAGGAAAUUAGAAAAAGAUUGGAAGGUGGAUAGAAUAUGAAAACUUUAACCAUUUUAAUUAAAU